AUGGGUCCAACAUCGUUGUUUAUAUUCAGUGAGGAUAAUAUCAUUCGACGAAAUGCUAAAGCUAUCAUCGAAUGGGGACCAUUCGAAUAUUUCAUCCUUCUUACGAUUAUUGGGAAUUGUGUGGUACUUGCCCUGGAACAACAUCUGCCAAAAAAUGACAAAAUGCCACUUGCCGAAAUGUUGGUUAUAAGAAAAAAAGAAGGAAAAUAUUAA